UUCCGCUAAUGACGUAGUCAACAUCCUGUGUAGUUUGGAAAAGAGGUGGAGUUGUUUUGCUAGGAGUAUCUCUGGUUAUAGUUAAUACCACCAUCGCUUAAAUAGACAAGAUAGUGAAACUAUAUUCAAAAUAAAUGUGUAUUUAUUUUAAACUUGUUAAAGUUGUACUGAAAGAUAACGUUAAUUAGUUAACGUUAAGCUAGCCUACUCAUACUGUAGCCGGUCAUUUGUGGUGGAUCAAGUUUGUGUCGAGGAGAGAACAAGGCUGCCUGCGUUAAAAGACAGAGGUUAUUCACACCACCACCAUGAAGCUUUUCAGUCUGAGUGUGCUGUAUAAAGGGACCACCAAGUCUAACCUACUGAAAGCUGCCUACGACCUGUCAUCCUUCAGCUUCUUCCAGAAGUCCAGUGUUCAGGAGUUCAUGACAUUCACCAGUGACCUCAUAGUUCAACGCUCGUCUAUAGGGAGCCGAGCCUCUGUCAAAGAACAAGAGUACCUGUGUCACGUGUAUGUGAGGAACGACUCCCUGGGUGCGGUGGUGAUUGCUGACGGAGAGUAUCCCUCUAGAGUGUGCUUCACCCUACUGGAUAAGGUGCUGGAGGAAUUUUCCAGACAGGUGAGCAGUAUAGACUGGCCCUCUGGUUCUCCUGACACUGUCCACUAUACUGCCCUGGACAGCUACCUCGCCAAGUACCAGAAUCCUCGGGAGGCGGACGCAAUGAGUAAAGUACAAGCUGAGCUGGACGAAACCAAAAUAAUUCUGCACAACACUAUGGAAAGUCUGUUGGAGAGAGGAGAGAAGCUGGAUGAUCUAGUCCAGAAGUCAGAACACCUGGGGAACCAGUCUAAAGCCUUCUACAAGACGGCGCGGAAGCAGAACUCUUGCUGUGAGGUCAUGUGAUGUUGCUGGACCCCUCUUGAUCUCCUCACCCCCCGGAUGUGCCAUGACUAUCAGCCUUCAUAUUAUACUUCUUACUCUGCGUGUGUGUACUGGCGAAAUGGUUGUGUAGUGAAGUGUAUCAGGUGAUAGUUGUUGGAGCCUUUUUGCAGUUGAUUAGGCCUAAGUGCUGUUUUCUGAAUAUGGUGAGUCAAUUCUAUACAUUCCUAGUUGUGAAAAAGUACAUGAAUUGUUUGUGUGUGUGAGAAGUGAACAUUGUGUAUCAAAGGUGUGUGAUUGUGUGUUCUCUGUAUUGUGUGUGUACAGUAAGGCAGGGGUUAUUAAACCUUUUCAGCCUGUGAACCAAAUGAGAAAGUCAAUGUUUUCUUGGGACCCAAGCUCAUGAAAACAUGCCCCUUUUGGCGGUCCUAAGAAAACAUUUUAGUGGCCCCCCUGUUGAUGGCGGAGAACAAAAUUGACGUUUUAAAGCAAGUUUUCUGCAAGUCUACCCAUUUUGACAUGGCUUACAUCAUGUUAAUAUGGUAUCUGAGUGAGAGUAAUUACCAAAAUCAAUGCGUUCCUGUGCAGUGUUGGAAAAAGUUCCCAAUUGUCAUAAUUGAUCAAAUCAAGUUUAUUUUAUAUAGCCCUUCGUACAUCAGCUAAUAUCUCGAAGUGCUGUACAGAAACCCAGCCUGAAACCCCAAACAGCAAGCAAUGCAGGUGUAGAAGCACGGUGGCUAGGAAAAACUCCCUAGAAAGGCCAAAACCUAGGAAGAAACCUAGAGAGGAACCAGGCUAUGAGGGGUGGCCAGUCCUCUUCUGGCUGUGCCGGGUGGAGAUUAUAACAGAACAUGGCCAAGAUGUUCAAAAUGUUCAUAAGUGACAAGCGUGGUCAAAUAAUAAUCAGGAAUAAAUGUCAGUUGGCUUAUCAUAGCCGAUCUGGGACAGGUAGGGGUUCCAUAACCGCAGGCAGAACAGUUACUUUAAAAAUGAUUUAAAGUAAAGAUACGUUAAUAGAAAAGUGAAAGUCACCCAGUAAAAUAGAGUAAAAGUAUUUGGUUUUAAAUAUACUUAAGUAUCAAACGUGAUUGUAAUUGAUAAAAUAUACUUAAGUAUCAAAAGUUAAAUUAUAAAUCAUUUCAAAUUCCUUAUAUUAAGCAAACCAGAUUGCACGAUUUUGUUUUUUAAUUUAUGGAUUGCCAGGGGCACACUCCAACACUCAGACAUAAUUUACAAACAAAGCAUUUGUGUUUAGUGAGUCAUACCAGAUCAGGGGCAGUAGAGAUGACCAGGGAUGUUCUCUUGAUAAGUGUGUGAAUUGCACCAUUUUCCUGUCCUGCUAAGCAUUUGAAAUGUAAGUACUUUUGGGUGUCAGGGAAAAUCUAUGGAAUCAAGAAUCUAUUCUUGUAUAUAGGAAUGUAGUGAAGUAAAAGUCUUAAUUUUUUUCCCAUUAUUAUUAUAUUUUUUUCAAAGUACAGAUACAAAAAAAAAAUACUUAAGUAAAAAUACUUUAAAGCACUAUUUAAGUACUUCACACCACUGCCAUUGGGCACGUGGCCAGCCUGUUGGUAUUUUGCCAUGAUUACUACAAGUUUAGAUAGCUGGCUAGACUGAAUUGCCAAUCUAAAAACUGUUAGCUGACAUGGCUAAUUGAGUGACUGACAUAACGAGAAAACUGGUGAUGCACAACCACAUUUCUAAAUAGCACCUUGUGUAUUCUACUAUUCUAAGUUUCAACAGUAAGUUGAGACCCCGCCUGAGUUCCUAAAAAAAAAAAAGUGAAAUGCAUUUAUUAAUAUCUACAUUUGCCACAUUUAUUCUAUUACAGACACCUUAAUGCAAACUUUUAAAUUGUAUUAUGUGAGCUAAACCUACAAACAAAAUAUAUAAAAUGUUUACAUUUGAUAUUACUAAUGUUACUGUCCCCACUACAAAAUGUUGUUACGUUACAGCCUUAUUCUAAAAUUGAUUAAAUUCAUUUUUUCCCUCAUCUACACACAAUACCCCAUAAUGACGAAGCAAAAAGAGGUUUUUAUAAAUGUUUGCACAUUUAUUUAAAAAUUACUUUAAAUGUGACAUUUACAUAAGUAUUCAGACCCUUUUUAGUACUUUGUUGAAGCACCUUUGGCAGCAAUUUACAGCCUCAAGUCUUCUUGGGUAUGACUCUAAAAGGUUGGCACACCUGUAUUUGGGGAGUUUCUCUGCAGAUCCUCUCAAGCUCUGUCAGGUUGGAUGGAAAGUGUUGCUCUACAGCUAUUUUUAGGUCUCCAGAGAUGCUAAAUUGUGUUCAAGUCCGGGCUCUGGCUGGGCCACACAAGGACAUUCAGAGACUUCACCAAGGAUCUCUCUGUACUUUGCUACGUUCAUCUUUCCCUCGAUCCUGACUAGUCUCCCAGUCUCUGCCUCUGAAAAACGUGAUGCUUGACAUUCUGGCCAAAGAGUUCAAUCUUGUUUCUCAUGGUCUGAGAGUCCUUUAGGUGCCCUUUGGCAAACUCCAAGCGGGCUGUCUUGUACAUUUUACUGAGUGGCUUCCGUCUGGACACUCUACCAUAAAGCCCUGAUUGGUGGAGUGCUGCAGAGAUGGUUGUCCUUCUGGAAGGUUCUCCCAUCUCCAUAGAGGAAUUCUGGAGCUCUGUCAGAGUGACCAUCGGGUUCUUGGUCACCUCCCUGACCAAGGCCCUUCUUCCCCGAUUGUUCAGUUUGGCCGGCGGCCAGCUCUAGGAAGAGUCUGGGUUGUUCCAAACUUCUUCCAUGUAAGAAUGAUGGAGGCCACUGUGUUCUUGGGGACCUUUAAUGCUGCAGAAAUGUUUUGGUACCCUUCCCCAGACAAUUCCUUCAACCUCAUGUCUUGGUUUUUGCUCUGACAUGCACUGUCAACUGUUGGACCUUUAUAUAGUGUGGUGGAAUUAUUGAAAUCAAAAGGAGACUUUUAGAUUUCCUCAAAAUAAUCCAACUUUAUUCUUUAAUACUGCAGUAAUGGAGCUGGUCGGAAAUCAUCCCUGGAGGUGAUCACUGAGAACUCAACGAGAUGGUUUGAGCCACAGCAUUUUAUAGCAAAGUCCAUCCUCCUUCAGUCUAUAUGACAAACAGAUGUAUGGAAUGGGUCAGAAGGUUAAGAUUUACAUGAAAGAUACUUAUAAUAUACAGCAGACAGUAUCUGCUGUAAAAACAGUUCUCAUUGUGUAGAGACCAGGGUCUGGCCGCCAACUCCAUACUGGAGCCAUCUCCCCCUGGUACCCCAGUACAGAAACAUUAACUCAUGCUCUGGAAUGCAGUAUCACCCAUACAUCUCCUGUCAGUGUUAUCUCCCAGAGGCCCACUUUCAGUUCACACAGACACAUUCGAGUUAUAAGAACCCUCUAUUCUGUUGCAUAAAACAACCAUUUGAUGCAAUAAAAGUAUUAUAACGUAAUCUUGUAAUUUCCAUCAUAAUAGCCAGGUGUGUGCCUUUCCAAAUCAUGUCCAAUCGAUUUAAUUUACCACAGAAUGACUCCAAUCAAGUUGUAGAAACAUCUCAAGGGUGAUCAAUGGAAACAGGAUGCACCUGAGCUGAAUUUAGUCUCAAAGGAAAGGGUCGGAAAACUUAUGUAAAUCAUGUAUUACUGUUUUGUAUUUUUAAUACAUUUAGAAAUAUUUCUGAAACUGUUUUCGCUUUGUCAUUAUGGGGUGUUGUGUGUAGAUUGACGAACAUUUUCUAUUUAAUCCAUUUUAGAAUAAGGCUGUAAUGUAACAAAAUGUUGAAAAAGUCAAGGGGUCUGAAUACUUUCCUAAUGCACCCGUAGCAUCAGCAAUCCAAAGUGGGUCUCAAACCAUACUUUAAGAAAGGCUGCAGUAAAGCAUUGGGUAACAUGGUGCCAGAUAUGAGUCUUUCAUUCUCUGCCGAGAGAUUCCAAAAUCCGGCAGACCUUGCAACGUGCCUUCUCUCUCCAGCCUGGCCUGGGAACCGACUCUCUACCCUUCUCCUUGUUCACUCCACAUCUGAAAUGAGUCCAAGCCACCAGACAAAUUCUGGUAAAUGGUCUGAGAUGCUGCUGACAUUUUUCAUCCAACAGCGAUAAUGGAUGAUGGACAUACGGUUAUUUUCAGGCCCUUGGACUAUAAGAAACUCCCUCUAGCCCAAAGUAUACCAAUGCAUCAGUGUGUACACUCCAGGAACCACAGCCUCACUGUAUGUGCCAAAUAUUCUAAACUAAACCUUCAUGCCGGUUCAUCUUAUAUUAUUGUUAUUAUAUAUUAUUGUUAUUUGACAAUUGUUUAUUUACUUGAGUAAAAACCCUCACACCUGCAUCCAUUCUGUUUAUUUAGUUUAAGCUGCCUACCUACCAUAGGUGUGUAGCAUGCCUGUUUUGACUAAAAUAUCCUCUUCUGUUUUAUCAUUCAAACUUCUCUUACCGCUCUUAAAUGUAACCAUGUGUACAUUGUAUUAAAUGUGAAACAAGAUAUGGGCUUGCAAUCAUAAUCAAUAAAAUUAUUUGAACCAUA